CUAGUUGAGAACACCUUUAUUUAACCAGGUAGGCUAGUUGAGAACACCUUUAUUUAACCAGGUAGGCUAGUUGAGAACACCUUUAUUUAACCAGGUAGGCUAGUUGAGAACAAGUUCUCAUUUGCAACUGCGACCUGGCCAAGAUAAAGCAUAGCUCAUGCAAAAGGCACGAGGAGGUAGGCAAAUAAUUACAAUUUUGCAGAUUAACAGUGGAGUGAUAAAUGAUCAGAUGGUCAUGUACAGGUAGAGAUAUUGGUGUGCAAAAGAGCAGAAAAGUAAGUAAAUAAAAACAGUAUGGGGAUGAGGUAGGUCAAAUUUGGUGGGCUAUUUACCGAUAAGACUAUGUACAGCUGCAGCGAACGGUUAGCUUCUCAGAUAGCAGAUGUUUGAAGUUGGUGAGGGAGAUAAAAGUCUCCAACUUCAGCGAUUUUUGCAAUUUGUUCCAGUCACAGGCAGCAGAGAACAGGAACGAAAGGCAGCCAAAUGAGGUGUUGGCUUUAGGGAUGAUCAGUGAGAUACACCUGCUGGAGCGCAUGCUACGGGUGGGGGUUGCCAUCGUGACCAGUGAACUGAGAUAAGGCGGAGCUUUACCUAGCAUGGACUUGGUAGAUGACCUGGAACCAGUGGGUCUGGCGACGAAUAUGUAGCGAGGGCCAGCCGACUAGAGCAUACAAGUCGCAGUGGUGGGUGGUAUAAGGUGCUUUAGUGACAAAACGGAUGGCACUGUGAUAAACUGCAUCCAGUUUGCUGAGUCGAGUGUUGGAAGCUAUUUUGUAGAUGACGUCGCCGAAGUCGAGGAUCGGUAGGAUAGUCAGUUUUACUAGGGUAAGUUUAGCGGCAUGAGUGAAGGAGGCUUUGUUGCGGAAUAGAAAGCCGACUCUAGAUUUGAUUUUCGAUUGGUGAUGUUUGAUAUGAGUCUGGAAGGAGAGUUUACAGUCUAGCCAGACACCUAGGUACUUAUAGAUGUCCACAUAUUCAAGGUCGGAACCAUCCAGGGUGGUGAUACUAGUCAGGCGUGCGGGUGCAGGCAGCAAACGGUUGAAAAGCAUACAUUUGGUUUUACUAGCGUUUAAGAGCAGUUGGAGGCCACGGAAGGAGUGUUGUAUGGCAUUGAAGCUUGUUUGGAGGUUAGAUAGCACAGUGUCCAAUGACGGGCCGGAAGUAUAUAGAAUGGUGUCGUCUGCGUAGAGGUGGAUCAGGGAAUCGCCUGCAGCAAGAGCAACAUCAUUGAUAUAUACAGAGAAAAGAGUCGGCCCGAGAAUUGAACCCUGUGGCACCCCCAUAGAGACUGCCAGAGGACCGGACAGCAUGCCCUCCGAUUUGACACACUGCCCUCUGUCUGCAAAGUAGUUGGUGAACCAGGCAAGGCAGUCAUCAGAAAAACCGAGGCUAAAAAAUAAAAAAAAACAGCCCUGUGUUCCUCUCAGUCAUCAACAACAGCGUGAAUCUAAUGGCCAAUCCGCAAUCAACCUCUGCCAAGCUGCGGACACUGUCUAUUGACAACUGUCUAAUCGACCUGGCAAGGAGUGCAGUGGAUAAGGCUUUAGAGAGUGGGAGUGGACACCUGGACCUGUUCCUCCGCUUCCUUCUGGGCCUCUCAUUGAAGUCCAAUCAGACUCUCCUACGAGGCCUACUGACACAGACAAGUAGCAGCUCACAGACCAAUGAAAUGAUUGUCAAGUACAUCAAGGCAAAGAUCAGGGACAAGCCCACCUCAGAGAGAUGCAUCAAUCUGUUCCACUGUCUGAAUGAGUUGAAUGACCAUUCUUUAGUGGAGGAGAUCCAAAGCUACCUGAGAUCAGGAAGUCUCUCAGAAGCCAGCCUCUCAUCUGCUCAUUGGUCAGCUCUGGUCUUUGUGUUGCUGACUUCAGAAGAGAAGCUGGAAGUGUUUGACCUGAAGAAAUACUCCAGAUCAGAGGAAGGUCUUGUUAGGCUGCUGCCAGUGGUCAAAUCCUCCCGAACAGCACUGCUGAAUGGAUGUAACCUCGCAGACAGCUGCUGUGCUUCUUUGGCCUUGACUCUCAGCUCAAACUCCUCCCAACUGAGGGUGCUGGACCUGAGUAACAAUGACUUGCAGGAUUCAUCAGGAGUGAAGCUGCUCUCUGCUGGGCUGGAGAGUCCACACUGUCAACUGGAGACACUGAGGCUGUCAGGUUGCCUGGUCACAGAGGUAGGCUGUGCUUCUCUGGCCUUAGCUCUGAAGUCAAACCCCUCCCAUCUAAGAGAGCUGGACCUAAGCUACAAUCACCCAGAAGACUCAGCACUGAAGCUGUUCUCUGCAGGACUGGAGAAACUCAAUUUGGACAAUGGUGAAGCGUGCCGGUUACAGCCAGGGCUUAAAAAAUAUGAACUCACACUGGAUCCAAACACAGCAGGCAGACAGCUCAUUCUGUCUGAGGACAACAGAAAAGUGCCAUCGGUGGAGAGUUUUAAGGACCGGCCACAGGUGCUGUGUAGAGAGGGUCUGAAUGGGCGUUGUUACUGGGAGGUAGAGUGGAGUGGGGGAAAAACUCGCUUGGCAGUGACCUAUAAAAGAAAAAGGAGUUUUGAUUCCAAUCUACUUGGAAGCAAUGACAUAUCUUGGGGUCUGGGAUGCUAUAGUGAUGGUUAUACUGCCUGGCACAAUGGUAAUCACACGACCAUACUGGCCCCUUACUUCAAUAGAGUUGGAGUGUAUCUGGACUGGCAGGCUGGUUCUCUUACCUUCUAGAGCAUCUCCUCUGACACACUGACCCACCUGCACACAUUCCACACCUCAUUCAAUGAGCCCCUCUAUCCAGGGUUUUUGGUUGAGGAGACGGUGUCCCUGUGCAGGGUGAUUUUUAGCUUGAGCUGCUAGACCUGUUAGACCUGCUAGACCUUAUUGUUUCUUAGCAACUGGACCUUCCAGGUAAAUCUCGCUAUUCAAAUCCUUCUUUCUUCUUCUUCUUUGGUACAAAAUACAGUUUCCUCAUCAAUAGAAGAAAAUGUUACGUAGCAUAUUAUGUAUUCAAGCCUACAGAUAUUAUACAAUUAAAAAUAAUUCAACAUGAAGAAGAAAGUUAAGCGAUGUUGCCAUAGACCUGAUAUAUUGACCUUUACACGGAACCCAAACCGGCUGCGCUGGUGCGCCAUCGUGCAUAAAUGGAUUUUGCCCCCCCCCCCCCCCCCCCCAAACCAAAUGCAAUCACGACACGCAGGUUACAAUAUCAAAACAAAUUCUGAACCAAUGACAUUAAUUUGGGGACAGGUCGAAAAGCAUUAAACAUGUAUGGCAAUUUAGCUAGUUAGCUUGCACUUGCUAGCUAACGUUAAUUUGUCUUAUUUAGCUAGCUUGCUGUUGCUAGCUAAUUUGUCCUGGGAUAUAAACAUUGAGUUGUUAUUUUACCUGAAAUGCACAUCCGACAAUUAAUCCACACAUAAAACGGACAACCGAAUUGUUUCUAGUCGUCUCUCCUCCUUCCAGGCUUUUUCAUCUUUGAACUUAUAUGGUGAUCACAUCUAAACUUUCAAUGUAUUACCACAACAACCGGCAACAAAGUUCAUCUUUCAAUCACCCACGUGGGUAUAACCAAUGAGGAGAUGGCACGAGGGUACCUGCUUCUAUAAACCAAUGAGGAGAUGGGAGAGGCAUGACUUUCCGGGCGAUCUGCUUCAGAAAUAGGAAUAACUUCUAUUUUAGCCCUUGGUAUCUAGACGUCAUUGGCGCGCGCGAGCAGUGUGGUUGCAAUAGUUGAAUAACAUGGAUUUCUAAAUUGAUUUUGUGAAGCUCGCGCACGACAUCUGGUCUGGUCAGCAUGCAAGGUUAGAUAAUGGUAGCCUAUGGACCUAAUAGAUAGGCCUAAGAAUAUUGAAACAGCUCAGACAGAGUCUAAUGGCUUAAUACUAGGUAGGUCUAUCGAUUGAAUAUACAUGAAAGUGAUGUCAAUAUAUAUCCUAAUAAUCUAGCUAUUAUAUAAUUCAGUUAUUUUGCUUCGCUUGUUUUUAACAUUGCAAACUUUUUAAGCAAUUUAUAUUAAACUGUGACGUUUUUGGUGGUCACAGAGAG